UUUUUUUUUUUUUUUUCUGGUCGCUUGCUCUCGCCUGCAUUCGCUGCCUCGCCCAGUCCCAGAAUGCUGACGCCCACGUUCGAUCUCACUCAGAAUGCAGAGUUUCUGUUUGUGCGCAUCCGUGUGCCGCACGUGAAGAUUGGAGAUGUCGAGUAUUUCGUCGAUGGCCACUUAUUCAAGUUCUUUGUACGACCGUAUUUCUUGAGGCUCAACUUGCCAGGCGAGUGUGUCGAGAACGGAAAAGAAUUCGCCCAAUACGACCUUGACAAGGGCGAAAUUCUCAUUCAGCUUCCCAAGCGCACCCACGGCGAAGACUUUCCGGACCUGGAUCUGCUCACUGCGCUUCUAGCAGCACCGCCAACAAGAACAAACACAAAGCGCGACACAACAGGGCCCAACGGUGCAUCGCUUAUUACCGUAUUGCCCGAUUCCGACUCAACGCGUACUUCUCGCGCUGCCGACUCGGUCGAACCCAAUGCAACUUCAUCAUAUGACAUCAACGAUGAUGCUGAUGCAGAGGAAGAAGAAGAAGGAGAAGAAGAGGAGGAGGAGGAGGAGGACAUUGACUUUUCAUGGCCUCAGAAACCAACUGCCGUCCUGGAACCCAACACUGGAGCUGACUCGUCGGUCGAAGCCGCUUCGGCCAGCAACGAGCUUCUACGAGCCUGCUAUGGAUUCAACCUCCGACACUCUGACUUUUUUGCUUCUCUCCGCCAAGAUUUUGUCGAGCUCAUCGAGUUGCCCGAUCCCGAUCGCACUCCUGCUGCUCAACGCCGACUUCUCCGUCUUGCAGCUGAGGAUGCAGACUUUGACGAGCACCAUUACGUGGCUGAUUAUGCAGUUGACGAUGGUGUCAUCCCGUCCUUGAUCGAGUAUGAACCAUGGUGGCACUCGCUCCCCGAGAAAAAGCAAGACGCCUCAGCUUCCGCUCCAAUGGCCAAUGCAGCGGCAUCGACCUCCGCUUUGACUGCACAACUAGAAAGUCUUGCCAUUGAACAAUCACCGGCUCCGUCACAGCCGGCAGUCGUUCUGACGGCUGAAGAGAAGGAUAUUCUGCGAGGUUUCCGACUCAAGCCCCACCUCCUCGACAACACCCCGGAGGAGCGCGCCCGUUUGUAUGCCGGUCUGGUAGACAUUCUUUGCGCAUUUGUCUACGAUCUGCGUGUCACUGAGGGCGAGCACAAUGUGGAGUCGACUUGGACCAUUUGGAAGUUGAGCCCAAGUCUGAGCUGGCUCGACUCACCCGACACUGUCUCCGAUGCAGCAAUUGCGUUUAUGAGGCGUUCAUUGUGCUAUCCGCUUUAUCGACACUUUGCUUUAUCCAAGAAGAUUGUGCUGCAGGACGUGGCGCGGCUCCUUCGCAUCGGCAAGCGCGCUGUUCUGCGAUGCCUUCUCGUGGUGCAGCAAAAAUUCUCUCACGACGAGGAGCGGUACCUUUUGUGCAACAUCUUCCUUGACGACUACUGCCUGUGGCUACAGCAGUCUGCCACCGAUGCAUUGCUUGCCAGAACGGCCGAUGAGCUUGAGCAGCUCAGUCUCACGCACGAGCUCGUUUCCUCAGAGUGGGAUUUGAAGUUGUUGGAGGAUGCCGCCGAUGCCACUGAAGAUUCCGAAGAAGCAAUCGAGCAAGUCAGCAACUCCGAACAUCAGCCAGCGGGCCUGGAUUUGGAGGGUGACGAGUCUGAAGCCUCCAGCGAUUCGGACAACAGCAGCCGUAGCAGCCGUAGCAGCCGUAGCAGCACCAGCAGCAGCAGCAGCGACUCUGACACUGACUCUAGUGACUCCAGCGAUUCCGAUGAGGAGAGCGACGGCGAAGCGGAUGAUGAUGAUGCUGAGAUUGACACUGUCGAGUAAUUUUGUUUUUCUGCGUUUUCGCUUCUGUGUUUUUGUUUUUGUUGUUGUUAACAAAUGUACGACCACUGGUUCAUCAUCCCA